GCCUGUCUUGCCGAGCCCUCUCCCGGAAGUGCAUCUGUUGGUCUCGGGCGAGAUGGCUUCAAGGUUACUUCGCGGAGUAGGCGCUCUGGCGGCGCAGGCCCUGAGGGCCCACGGGCCCGGUGGCGUGGCUGCGACGCGCUCCAUGGCUUAUGGAGGGGGUGUUCCUACUGAUGAGGAGCAGGCUACCGGGCUGGAGAGGGAAAUCAUGUUAGCUGCACAGAAGGGACUGGAUCCAUACAAUAUGCUGCCUCCAAAGGCAGCUUCGGGUACCAAGGACGACCCUAAUUUAGUCCCCUCCAUCACCAACAAGCGGAUAGUGGGCUGCAUCUGUGAGGAGGACAACUGCACUGUCAUCUGGUUUUGGCUGCACAAAGGCGAGAGUCAGCGAUGCCCAAACUGCGGAACCCACUACAAGCUGGUGCCCCACCAACUGGCUCACUGAGCGCCUGCAUUAGCCUUUCAGAAUGUUUCUCUCUAAUAAAGACUAGCCAUUGCAUUGGCUCCUCCCA